CUCCAAGUCCCGUCCGAUAACUUUUUUUUCCCGUGCAUAGAACAAAUCCGCCCGCCGGUUCCUCCAACCAACCAACCCUCUCUUUGUCUCUUACCUCCUCUUUCUUUUAAUUUCGCCAGUUCGGGUCUUGACGUCGAGUUUAUCUCGACUGCCCGCUUGUCAAGAUGGCGAUUCAAAAGAAGCACGGUAAAGGUCGUUUGGAUAAGUGGUAUCGCCUUGCGAAAGAAAAGGGAUACCGAGCUAGAUCGGCGUUCAAGCUGGUCCAGCUCAACAAGAAGUAUGGUUUCCUGCAGAAGAGCAAAGUCCUCAUCGAUCUUUGCGCGGCCCCCGGUGGUUGGUGUCAAGUUGCUGCAGAAUGCAUGCCCGCCCAGAGUAUCAUCGUCGGUGUCGAUCUUGCGCCCAUCAAGCCUAUCCCCCGUGUGAUCUCGUUCCAAGCCGAUAUUACAACCGACAAGUGUCGCGCCACUCUCAGACAACACCUGAAGCACUGGAAGGCGGACACAGUUCUUCACGAUGGUGCUCCCAACGUCGGUACAGCCUGGACUCAAGAUGCCUUCUCCCAGUCCGAGUUGGUGCUGCAGUCGAUGAAGCUGGCCACCGAGUUCUUGGCCGAGGGCGGUACAUUCGUGACCAAGGUCUUCCGAUCGAAGGACUACAAUCCGCUGCUGUGGGUGUUCAAGCAGCUCUUCACCUCCGUCGAAGCCACGAAACCCCCCUCUUCCCGAAACGUGUCGGCCGAAAUUUUCGUCGUCUGCCGCGGCUACAAGGCCCCCAAGCACCUGGAUCCCAAGUUCCUCGACCCCAAGCACGUCUUCGCCGAACUCGCGGACCCCACCCCCAAUAACGAGGCCAAGGUCUUCAACCCCGAGAAGAAGAAGAGAAAGAGAGAAGGUUACGAAGAGGGUGACUACACACAGUUCAAGGAAUGUUCGGUCUCGGAAUUCAUCAACACCACCGACCCGAUCGCUAUCCUCGGUUCAUACAACAAGCUUAGCUUCGCGCAACAACCGGGCGGAGAUCUCGCGCUGGCCACCCUGGACCGACUCGAGGAGACGACCGACGAGAUCCGCACUUGCUGCGAUGAUUUGAAGAUCCUGGGUAAGAAGGAAUUCCGGAAUCUGCUCAAAUGGCGUCUCAAGGUCCGUGAGAAGUUUGGUCUCGUCACGAAGAAGGGGCAGCAGCAGAAGAACGAGGAAUCCGAGGAAGUCGCGGAGGUCGCCCCGAUGGACGAGGAACUGGCCAUUCAGGAAGAAUUGCUCCGGCUGCGUGAGAAGGAGACCUCGAAGAUGAAGAAGGAAAGACGCAAAGAGAACGAGAAGAAGCGCAAGGAAAUCGUCCGCAUGCAGAUGCACAUGACGACGCCCAUGGAUAUCGGUAUGGAACAGCUGGGUCCUGGCGGAGACGAUGCCACCUUUUCCAUCAAGCCCGUCGACCGAAACAAUGCUCGCGAUGUCAUUGCAGCGGGCAAAGAGGCUACAAUCGAAAGUGACAGCGAAGACAGUGCCGACGAUUCCGGCAGCGAGAGCGACGAGGAGGGUGAUCGUCUUGAGCGAGAACUCGACAAUUUGUAUGAGCAGUAUCAGGAACGCAAAGAGGACAAGGAUACGAAGUUGCGGGCGAAGAAGGCCAGAAAGGGAUACGAAGCCGACGAAUGGGACGGCUUUUCCGACGAAAACAAAGGAGACAGCGACGAUGAGGAAGAGGAGGACGCUACUGAGGUAGCCGGUGUGCAAGCACCAAAGUCCGGAUCGCUUUCUAAUCACGCGGCGCUCUUCUUCGACCAGGAUAUGUUUGAAGGUCUCGAGGAUAUCGAUGAUGUGGAAGACGAGGAGGAGGAUGAGGAGGAUGAGGAAGACGAUGGUGACGAAGAAGAAGAUGAAGACAGCGAGGAAGAGGAGGACUCCGAGGCCGAGGAAGAGGAAGAGGACAGUGCUGUUGAGGUCGACAACCGUCGUAAGAACAAGAAGACCAAGGACUCGAAGAAGAAGGCCAUGGACUCCGAUGAUGAGGAGCCCGUUCAGCUUGAGGACCCGCGCAAGGCGAAUGGACAGCUUGAUAUCGACAUCAUUACCGCAGAGGCUAUGGCUUUGGCGCAACUGAUGGCUACGGGUGAGAAGAAACACACCGACGUGGUCGACGAUGGUUUCAACCGCUACGCGUUCCGGGAUGUUGACGGUCUGCCGGAAUGGUUCCUUGAUGACGAGGGCAAGCACAGUGCCCCGAACCGGCCCAUCACCAAGGCGGCUGCUGCCGCCAUCAAGGAAAAGUGGCGUGCUAUCAACGCUCGCCCCAUCAAGAAGGUGAUGGAGGCCAAGGGUCGUAAGAAGUUCAAGGCUGCCCAGCGAUUGGAGAAGCUGCGCAAGAAGUCGGCCUUGUUGGCGGAUGAUGAGGCCCUCAGUGAGAGAGACAAGGCGCAGUCGAUCGCGAAGUUGAUGGCCCGUGCAGCGAAGAAGAAGCCCAAGCAGCAGGCGAAGCUGGUGGUGGCCAAGGGCGCCAACCGGGGUAUCUCGGGUCGUCCCAAGGGUGUCAAGGGUCGGUAUAAGAUCGUGGAUUCCCGCAUGAAGAAGGAUAUUCGGGCGCAAAAGCGGGUUGCGAAGAAGAAGCAGAAAUAGAGGCGCCGAGAGGUUGUGGUUGUGUAAUGGUGCACAAGAUGUUGGUAGUUCACAGUCUGGAUUCUUGUAAAUACC